GACGUGCUCGCCUCCCACAAUUGACAGCUGUUGUGACUGGAAUUUCUCGGUUCGCAUAGUAAACGCACCGCACCAGAAUGAGCGAAAUGACGUGGAAGGAUUUCUUGAGUCAGGCCCAAGAGUUUCUCAAAAUUUCCGAGCAGUUAGGUGAUGGCUGGGUGUUGCAUGAAAAGGACGCCAAUGAGCCCAACACGUUCCUCAAGUACAGCCAUAAGAUUAAAUGCCAAGAGUCCAAAGAUAGUGAUUUUACUCUGAUCAAUGUGGAGUAUCACAUAGUCUAUAGUGUGUCGUAUCAAGUGCCCAUGCUAUUCUUCCAAGCCCAUCGAUCAGAUGGAAGUCUCCUCGACUUGGAGGCCACUUGGCGUCUCUUCAUGCCAGACACGGCGUCCAAAGAUCUUUAUCAGAUGCUCACCCAAACAGAGCAUCCCGUGCUGUUCCGUCCGUUCAUGGCCCUGCACCCGUGUCGCACAGCUGAGGUCCUCGACCAGUUCGGACAGCCGAGUGCCAACCGUGUGCUCACCUUCAUCAGCCUUUACGGACCGCAUGUGAAGCUGCAACUGGCGAAUGCCUACGGACUGAGCAAAUGAAAUGUAUUGAGUAUACAUGUGUGGAUAUUAUGAUGUUUGGGGAGCUCUAUAUUACAGUUUUACAUUCGAUUCGCUACCUUUUAUACGGUUUGACCUUUUCAUUGAAUAUUCUACAUAUAUAUAUUAGAGGGCAUUCCAGUGCCGCUCCUCUUCUAGGCCAUGGCACAAAUGAACAUUCAAAUUGUACAGUAAAUAUGGUAACAACUAUAUAUCAGGCUAUUGUUAUAUACGUUGCACUGAUAAAUCUACAUUUCACAAGCAUAAAUUAAGCCCUGCUCAAAUGAACUAAGCUUUGUACGCCAAGGACUAUGCCGCUUAUGGGCCACAUUCAUCUACUUAUGCAUUGCAUAUAUAUUAUCAAUCAUAUAAAGUAUAUUUAUGUAUGUAUUAUCUGUAAUUGUAUCGUAAUAUAUAGUUUACAAGUUCCACUUGUCCUCUCCUCUCGGUUAUUUUCACUUUUAAUGUCAGAUAAAUGUUACAUACUUUCGAUCAUUUCGAUCUGUAUAUUUAGAGCUAGGCAUAGAUAGGUAUGUAAGUACAUACAUAUGUAUAUCCUUAGAGCUAAUUGUACUGUACACAAGCUAGACCAUACUCGCAGUGGAGAGGCUAUGCUUCGGUUCACUAAUGUUAGGUCUUUCAUUUAUAAUUAAUGUUAACUGGCUACUGUGUGGCAUUUGCUGAUCCUCGACGCCGAAGCACGAGAGGCCCCGUCUUUCGACGCGACUUCGGCCUCGUGGGCGCGAGGGCAUCGCAUUGAAAAUGUUUGUUUGCAAAAUUAAAUAGAUUUAUAUGCAUAUUACUUUGCGUCUGCAUUUGUAAUCCAACGAAAUACAUGCAAUACACGUACACAUACAUA